AAUAGACUUGUCACAACUCACAAGUUUUUUCUUCAUUUUAUAGCUCUCUGAACUCCGAAGCUAUAAAUCUCAUAGUCCAGUAUUUUAUAGCUCAAAAUUUUGUUGAUCUCUAAAACCCUAACACCUCUUUAACUCAUACUCUGUGAUUCAAGCAGUUUUCUUCAACCCUAACACGAAUCCACAAUGUUGAUGAUUUAGAUUAGUAGAAAUUUAUACAUAAUCCUCUUAAUUUCUUCAAUACUUACUUUUCAUGGACAAUCAAUUUGUAUCAGGAUCAGCACCAGCAAAGGCAUCCCAUGAGAGAAGUGAAAUCCAGCGUCCACCGAUUCCAAUGGCAGCACCUUGGCUUGUUUUUCCGCACGGGAAAGGUAGGAAAUUUCAGAAUUUCUAUAAUCCAUGUGAACCCAAUAAUCGAAAUUGCAUAAAGUCUAUUCCUGAAAUGCAAGGUAGAGCAUGUUAUCAUAAACCUUCACAUCAAUGAUGGCUAAUUGUUAUUGGUAAUGUUGAAGAUAAUGCUGAGUAUUCUGUGGCUAACUCUAAUUUAGAUGAUUGUUUCUUGUGGAACCCUGUAUCAUUAGAAACUAUUCAAUUGCCUAGCCUCAAUCCUCAGUCAUUUUUUACCAAACACAAACCAGGAGAUUAUUUUCUGUUCGACUUAGUGUUAUCCUCGCCGCCUCCGACUGACAACCUAGGUUGUGUGGUAUACCUCCUUUUUAAACAUGUAAACCAUUUCGACAUUCUUGAGGAUAUGCACAUACUAGCUUUUUGUCGACCUAGAGACACAGAAUGGAGAACAAAGAUAUUGUUUGUUAAUGAUCCUACCGAUGAUUAUAAUCCACUAUCUAUUAAAUCCCUGCUUUUCUUUGGAGGUAAGCUAUAUGCUUUCUGUAAGAAUUCCCUUGAAGAUGGUUGGGUUAUACAGAUUGACAUACAUCAAAAAAUAUGGCAUCAGGUUGUCAAUAAUCAGCCAAGGCUAGAGAACCAAUUUAUCAAAAUAAUCAAGCUAGAGCACGCCGAUUUCACAUGGAUAGGAGGAGGUGAGGAACACAGUCGUUACAUAGAACAUUGGGUUGAAUCUGGUAAUGAAAUCUUCAAAGUUCAUUUGAAUUGCAGUCCAAGAGGAUUUAGAAAAGUUGCCUCAACACAUAUCUUCAAGUUGGAUUUCUCAUCAAUGACCUGGGUUUUGUUGAAAUCUUUGGGUGAUCAUGUUCUCUUUUUGUGCACGAACAUGGACGCGUUAGACUUAACCUCUAGAAAGUGUUAUUCAACUUCCACAUCAUGUUGCUCAGCGGCCGACAUGGGUCUUGAAAGGGGUUGCUUGUUUUAUACACUACUCGAAGAUCAAACCUUGUUCACAUUUGAAGCUGAAGACAAUGCGACUACUGUUAUCAUGCCAUGUUUGCAGCAUCCAACUCCGUGGUUUCUACCCACUUGGAUAAUGAUGCCCACAACAGAAAACAAGCACCUUGCUGGAAGAAGGACAAGAAUAACAGAUCUUCUAGUAAGCCAGGAUACAGCUGAAACCAGUGUAGAAGAAGAAAAGAUGAGCAGGGUAAAUAUUGGAGGAGGAGAAUUAGAAGCCUUAAUACAGUGGGAUUUUCUUAAUUAUAAUGAUUCUACAGAGGAGAUAGCGAGAUUUCUCCAUCCAGUGGAUUCCAUCCAUUUUCGUUUAGCCUGUAAACAAAUUUCUGUAGUUCUCCCUGCGUUGAAUCGAAUAUCAGCUUCUACGAGGACCACAACAACUACAUGUUUAUCUCCAUGGCUGAUUUCUAUCUUUGAAGAUAAUGAAGACACCAUCUGCGAAGUUGUAGACCCAAUGCAUAACAAUGACAAGUACCUCAUGAAAUUAUAUGAUCAAUUGCUUUUAGGUGCUACAAUCCGUUUUUCAAAAGAUGGAUGGCUUCUAUUGUCUAACAGGAAAAAAACUGUAUUUUGCUACAAUCCCUUCACAAGAGCAAUCAUUUGUCUUCCAGAUUUACCUGAUGAUCAUGUACUUGGUGGAAUGUCAUUCUCGUCGGUACCAACUUCUCGCGAUUGUGUGGUGAUCGCUGUCUCCAAUUGGUUUGACUUCGUAGGUUACGAUGAGAUAUCUUUCUUGGUCACGGAACCGGGAAAGGGUGCAACUGAUUGGGAUGUUCAUGACUUUGAUUAUGAAGGCCGCUGUGAAGACUACUUUAUGCCGUGUAUUAACAACCCGGUUUUCUUUGACAAGGCUUUCUACUGCUUAGAUUAUAAUGGGAUGUUAGGAGUUUUUAAUAUGACAGAAGAUUCCAGUUGGGAAAUACUUCCGAAGUCCUUGAAACAAUUCAGUGGUUUUUAUCCAAGUUAUCUGGUGGGGUGUGAUAAAAAGCUUUUACUAGUGAAUUUAGGACAGAGUGGAAAAUCUGUGGAUAUUUAUAGAUUGGAUCAUACGGAGAUGGUCUGGGUAAAACUGAACAGUUUGGGAAAGCAUGUGUUGUUCAUCAACUAUGCAUCCAGUUUCUCAGCAGUUGCUCCACGUAGUUGCAUGGAGAACAAAAUCUACUUCCCAAGAUUAUAUGGCGAAAGAAUUCUAUAUUAUUCUCUUGAUACAUGUAAGUAUCAUUAUGUUGGGAGUAAUCAACCUUCUUCGCAAGAUUUUCAUAAUACGAAGGAAAGAUUAAGAUGCACUUGGAUCGAGCCUAGGUGGUCUUAGGCAAGCUUUAAUCAAGAGCCUGACGAUACUAGUCCUAAUUCAAGCUGCGCCUUGGAUUGAGCCUGGGUGGUCUUAGGAAAGUCCUAAUCAAGAGCCUGACGGAACCAGCAUAGCUCAGGAAAGAGGCUAGUCCUAAUCAAGACCUGACGAUACGAACAUAGCAUCUAAACCCUGUACUAGUUGGUUCAUUAUAACUUAUGGUACAAAAGUGUACGCAGUGUUUUGCUUAUAUAUGCUGGUGCUGGAUAUUUAGGUCCAGCAAGUUUCUUUGUCAGGGAACUUUGUUGGACCUAACUGUAAAAAAAAAAAAAUUGGUAAAUUUCUUUGGGUUUAAUGGUAUAUUUGAUACAGGUUCUUAAAUUUCUGGUUUUAUAUAAAAAUGUAUUUAUAUGUAUUUUGUUAUGCACUCAUAUUGUUGUCAGUGAUAAUGGAUUUUAGCUCUCAUUUGGUUGAUUACAGGCGCAAUUCUUCUAUUCUGGCCAGUGUCAGGUGGGUGUACUCUGAGGUUGCUGUGAACACAGGUUGGAUAGUUGGGGAUGGUGAGAGCAUCUCUCUUUAGUUCCAUAAUUGGUUUGGCUGUGGAAGUAUUGCUAGCGUGCUUGGUAUCCCUGAUUCACAGAGAGCCAAUUUGCAAGCUAAUCUGAGUUGCAUUAUUGAUGAUAACGAGUGGAGUUUCUCUGAUGCUAUUCUUCCCAUUCUAGUCAGGUGCGGAGUGGACGCUGAGCAGAUUACCAAGCCUGCUGGUGGAGACAACAUGAGAGUUCGGGUGCCAGACAAAAUGGGCAGAUUCUCCGUUAAAUUUACGGCUGGCUUUGGAAAGCUGGUGUUUUAUGGAAGAAUCAUGUUCAGCCAAUUCUGGCCGCUAUGAACUGGAAGUUGCUUAAUCCUCAAUGCUGUGAUACUCAAGACAGACUUGUGGAUGUUGGUUUUGAAAUGUUCUCGCUGCUGCUUGUGUAAAAAUGCAGAGGAAAGUCUUCAUCAUAUUCUCUAGGAUUGUUCUGUGGGAUUGUUGGAAUUGGCUUGCUGACAUUUUCAAGACAAAGCCGGUGAGUGAUUUCAAGGCUUGCUACAAGGGUACAAGCAUGACCGUGAAGGAGUUGUUGGCAAUUCUCACAACUAAAGCUGAGUUAUGGAAGACUGAGAAAUGUGUCUUUUUUAAGGGUAAAAGAGUGAAUUUUUAUACUUUAUAAACAAAGCUCCACCUGAUGAUAUCAAGUCACUCCAUCAGGUUGAAGAGUUGCAUGAAUAAUUGCUGUGAUGAUUUAGUCUUGCUAGGCUCUUUUAUUAUGUUUGUCUUGGAGUUCUUGCAGUUGGGCUUGGUGUUGAUAUGAACUAUGCAGCUGAAACUGAAGCCAUAAUAACAUGACUGGAAUGGCAAAGUUCGUUGGAGGAUUCAUGGCAUCACUUAUUACCGAUUUAAAUAGGUUGUUUAAGACAAUUUUAACCUUAUUUUAUU